AUGGAACCCACCACUACUACUACUACUACUACUACCACCACCACCAAACCCAUCACGCAACCCCUCAAUGCAGAGGAUUCCAAACUGGACCACCUCUUUCCUCCUCCUGCUACUGUCAUUACUACUCAGUCGAUGGAGACUACUCCCGCUGCUGAUACUUCUCUCAAGACAAACACGGGGGCUAAUACGAAGAGAUGUCAGUCCAAAAGACUUCCACCACCACCAUUUGGCAAGACGACAUCCGACAACGACAACGACAACGACAAAGGAAGUAAGGAGAGUAAUAAUAAUAAUAACAACAAUAACAAUAACAAUAACAAUACAGAGGCGUAUAAUGCCUUUUGGGGCAAGUUGAUUGGGAUUACACCCGACAACAACAACAACGACAAAAGCAAGGAGAAUAAUGAUAAUGAUAAGAAUGAAAAUGAUGAUGAAAAUAAUAAUGAAAAUAAUGAUACAGAGGCGUAUAAUGCCUUUUGGGGCAAGUUGAUUGGGGUUGUCCUGCCGAAGGAUGGUGGUGAUUAG